AUGCCACCAAAAGAUGAUUGGGAAAAGUAUAAGGCGCCUGUAGAAAGUGGUGAGGAAAAGAAAGAUACAGAAGACAAAAGUGUGCCUCUUACAGAGGGAGAUAUACAAGUGUUGAAAACAUAUGGUGCUGCACCAUACGCUGGCAAGUUGAAAGAAACUGAAAAAGAUCUGAAAGAGAUUGAAGCAAGAAUCAAAGAGAAAGCAGGUGUUAAAGAGAGCGAUACAGGAUUGGCACCUUCACACUUGUGGGACAUAAUGGGAGAUAGACAAAGAUUAAGCGAAGAGCAUCCAUUACAAGUAGCUCGCUGUACAAAGAUUAUAAGAUCUAAUGGUAAUGGGGUCGAAAGUAGCGAAGCCGCGCCUUUAGGCGGUAGUUCCUCGGGAGAUAACGCUCAGGCAGGAAAUAAUGAGGAUGUUGAUGAGGAUGAAGAUGCAAAAUAUGUCAUUAACCUGAAACAAAUUGCUAAAUUUGUUGUUGGUCUUGGAGAGCGAGUUUCUCCAACUGAUAUAGAGGAAGGCAUGCGAGUUGGUGUUGAUAGAUCCAAGUACCAUAUUGAGUUACCUUUACCGCCCAGGAUUGAUCCCUCAGUAACAAUGAUGACCGUCGAAGAAAAACCAGAUGUCACAUAUAGUGAUGUUGGUGGUUGUAAAGAACAAAUCGAAAAAUUGAGAGAAGUUGUGGAAUUACCACUGCUUUCUCCGGAGAGAUUUGCUGCUUUAGGAAUUGAUCCACCAAAGGGUAUUCUUUUAUAUGGGCCACCAGGUACCGGUAAAACUCUAUGUGCAAGAGCUGUAGCAAACAGAACAGAUGCAACUUUUAUCAGAGUUAUUGGGUCAGAGCUAGUGCAAAAAUAUGUUGGUGAGGGUGCUCGUAUGGUCAGAGAAUUAUUUGAAAUGGCAAGAACAAAGAAGGCAUGCAUCGUCUUUUUUGAUGAAAUUGACGCAAUUGGUGGUGCUCGUUUUGAUGAUGGAGCUGGUGGGGACAAUGAGGUCCAAAGAACUAUGUUAGAACUUAUAACACAACUGGAUGGAUUCGAUCCUCGUGGUAAUAUCAAAGUCAUGUUUGCUACAAAUAGGCCAAAUACAUUAGAUCCUGCAUUAUUAAGGCCUGGUAGAAUUGAUCGUAAAGUCGAAUUUUCAUUGCCAGACUUAGAAGGUCGUGCAAACAUUUUCCGUAUUCACUCAAAAUCAAUGAGCGUAGAACGUGGCAUAAGAUGGGAACUUAUAUCAAGACUUUGUCCAAAUUCAACGGGUGCUGAAUUAAGGUCAGUUUGUACAGAAGCAGGUAUGUUUGCCAUAAGAGCGAGAAGAAAAGUCGCUACAGAAAAAGACUUUUUGAAAGCUGUUGAAAAAGUCAUCAACGGCUAUAAGAAAUUCAGCUCGACUUCUCGUUAUAUGCAAUAUAAUUAA